AUUUCAUUUUUUUUUCUACCAAUACUACCAAAACUACUGAUGGUUUCGUAAUCUUUCCGAAAUAUAAAAUUGAUUAACAGAUUAUUUUUAAGCGAAUUUUCAACUUCCAAAAGAAGAGAGAGAAGAUACGUAAAUUUCAUUUUCAGCUAUGGCUGCCAUAAUUAAACUUCGACACAUACCAGUGAUGCAAAGGUGUGUAUGGAAUCACAUGAACAGAACAAUCCGAAAUAUAUCUACAUCUAAAAAGAAUAGUGAUACUGCUACAACUGCUUGUGAUACUAGUGAAAAAGAUAAAAACUGGGUGAGCUACGGUUUCGACUACACUAGCAAAGAAGAAGAUACAAAUGCACAUCACUCUUCGUUCUUCUUCUCCGUAUCCCUAUGUUUGGUUUUUGGUGGUUUCCUCUGGGCUUAUUCUCCUGAUAUGCACAUGAGAGAUUGGACUCAACGUGAAGCAUUUUUGGAAUUACGCCGUCGUGAAAAAGCUGGUUUGCCACCUAUAGAUCCCAAUUAUAUCAAUCCAAAGUCAGUGAAACUACCAUCAGAAUCGGAAUUAGCCGAUGUUGAAAUUAUUAUCUAAAUUUUACUGUGUUCCAUAUUAAAUAGAUAAUGUAGGUGAACUUUUACAUUUGUAGCUUUGUAAUAUUUAUUUCAACAGCCCUAUCUGCCAUUCUGAUGAGUGGCUUUCAAAUAAUACAUCAGUUUAAAAAACAUACUUGAUAUAUUUUUACCAAUUAUUUGUUUUUCAGUUCUAAAGAGUUUUGAUAUUCAGAAUAUGCUUAUUUGUUUUUGGUAUAAUAAUUUCAAUACAAAUUUAUACAAUAUGUAUUUAAAUGUAUAUAAAUUAGCAAUAUAAAUUAAAAGUGAUUACAUUCACAA